UACUUCCUUGUUACUGAGAGAGUCAGUAGUGUGAGGGCAAAAAAGCCUGAAGAAGUUUCACUCUGAAAAGAGUACACGAAUUCUUUUCUUUCGGUUUGUUUUUCCACAGGAAUCUUGUUUUUCAGAAGGCGCGACUGGGAUUGAACACUACUCUUGUUUAAACGGACAAACAGUGAGCGGUAUGAAGCCAUGGAAGACGAUUUGAAGAAAAAGAAGAAGCCUCUUCAUGCGACGGCUCGCUAAGUUAGCGGUAGCUAGUCAACUGCCAAGCUAAUCCCAGUUAGCCGGCUAACACAUGCUGAAAUGCUCGUAACUGGAUUAUCGAGAGCUUGUCUCGGGUUUUGGACCAUUUAAAUCAUAAUAUUCUUCGACAGAUUAUUUGCUCGCAGUACUGAUGCAGUGGAUUGGCUUUUGUGCAGAAGAGACAACACCAGUGGCUGGAGGAGACCAUUCUGCCUGUUUUAGCUAGCUAGAUUGGUUAGCUAUAGAGCUAGCUACCAGAUAUAUUUGUUUCAAAUGUUUUGCUUUGUUUUUACCGGGGACCGGUCACCUGGAAACAAACCUUUCAGAACGGGGAUAUUAAACUCGAUCAAUGCCUAAUCCGGAUAUUUCUCACGACGGUCGGGGCCGGAGCCCCUCGGCACAAAGGAACCGCAGACAUGAGAGGCGGAGUAAAGCUCCCGGGAGCGCCGGUGCUAGCGUUAACGCCGUGCGGCGAGAGAGGCACCGGGACGGGAAGCGGCGCUCGUCGGCGUCGCGGCGCAAGAGACGCAAGCACGGCAGGGAGCGGGAGGCGCGGCGCUCGCCCGAGAAACCGGACGGCUUCGACAGGGACGUGCACGGUCUGGCGGUGGAGUACGACGACGUGAGCUCGCAGUCGGAGCGGUUCUCGGGCAGCCCGUCACCCAGAGCGGAGCAGUGGGCCGAGCUAGCCGAGCUCCGAGACGGCGAUGUGACGCCGGGAAGGAGACCGCGCAGAGAGCCCGACCCCUCGGCAAGCCGACAGGACCGGGACCUGAAGAUCAAAGAUCAGAAACCCAGUCGUGAGAAGGACGCGCUGUCCAAGACGCGGGAGCGGACGAGAAACCACGACAGCAACGGCAAGAAGUCAAGCGCGGACAACAAACGCGAGGCCAAGCGGCCCAAAAGUAGAACCAAGUCGGAAAAGGAGCCUCCGUCUGCGUACCGGGACACGCCGCAAGCCUACCGGGACGAGCGCGACGAGGUGCGGGCCUACCGAAGAAGCCCUGGCUUUAAUAAAGCCGAGAGCCCGUACUCCUCGUACCCGUACGGCUACCAGUCUCCCAGCUACAACCAGUUUUCCAGCUACGGGAGUAAAAGGCCCUCUCCGAGUUCCACCUACUACAGCCGAGACGCGGAGCAGUACAGCGGCUACAGCGCAUCCAAGUCACCGAGUAAACGGAAGCGCUCCCCGGGAAGCCCGUACGCGUGGCGCCGCUCCCCGAGUCCGUACGAAGCGUGGGAGCACACCUCCAGCCCGUACAGCCGAAAACGCUCCCGGAGCCCGUACAGGAAAUCAGUCAGCCCCAGUCCAGAGCAGAGGCGUCCAGGGAAAUCACGCUCGCGCAGCCCGUACACGUCAUCGCGCCGCUCGCGCUCUCGUAGCCGUCACCGUCACUCUCGAUCUCGCUCACGGCCCUCCAGCCUCUCACCCAGCACCCUCACAUUCAAGAGCAGCCUGGCCGCCGAGCUCAGCAAGCAAAAGAAGGCCAAGGCCGCCGAGGCCGCACGUGCCAAGAGCUCCAGCAACGCUUCGACCCCAACCAAGGGCUCGUCUUCCUCUUCUACCGCACCCCAGCCCAGCCCCAUCACCAAUCACACAGUGAAGAAAACACGGCCCCCGUCUCCUCCUCCGGCAUCUGAGAAAGGCCCCAGAAGCCCGGUGCCGAGCCAGCCGCAGUCCCCCGUCGACAAGACCACCAAGAGCAGCUCAGAGGUGCCUCUGCCGGGCAGGGUGAAGGAGGUGAAGAGGAAAGGACAAGCUGCUCAAGGGAAGGAGAAGGAGAAGGAGAAAGUGAAUGCUCCGGUGUCCUCACUGUCCUCUUUGCCACUGCCCAUCCUCUUAGACCACGUCGAUGGAACUGAUAGCUUGAAGAACUCUACACUCUCAGGGAAGAAGAAACCAGAAAAGAAAACCCGCCACCUCCUGUCUGACCUCCCGCUCCCUCCCGAACUCCCCGGCGGUACGCUCGGCUCACCUCAAAGCCCAGCAGAGGAGAAAAAGGCAACCACGUUAAGAAGGAGACCAAAAAUAUGUGGCCCACGCUUUGGAGAGAUUAAGGAGACUGAGAUAGAUUGGGGAAAGCGAUGCGUGGACAAGUUUGAAAUCAUUGGGAUCACUGGAGAAGGUACCUAUGGACAAGUGUACAAAGCCAAGGAUAAAGACACAGCUGAGAUGGUGGCUCUGAAGAAAGUGCGAUUAGACAAUGAGAAAGAGGGCUUUCCCAUCACAGCUAUCAGGGAGAUCAAGAUCCUACGGCAGCUCAACCACAAGAGCAUCAUCAAUAUGAAGGAGAUCGUCACGGAUAAAGAGGACGCUCUGGACUUCAAGAACGAUAAAGGGGCAUUCUACUUGGUGUUUGAGUAUAUGGACCAUGACUUGAUGGGGCUUUUGGAGUCUGGCCUAGUCCAUUUCAACGAGAGCCACAUCAAAUCCUUCAUGCGGCAGUUACUGGAGGGUCUGGACUACUGCCACAAGAAGAACUUUCUGCACCGAGACAUAAAGUGCUCCAACAUUCUGCUCAAUAACAAGGGCCAGAUAAAGCUGGCGGAUUUUGGAUUGGCUCGACUUUACAACUCCGAGGAAAGCCGGCCCUACACCAAUAAGGUGAUCACACUGUGGUACCGUCCGCCUGAGCUUCUGCUCGGGGAAGAGCGGUACACGCCUGCCAUUGAUGUGUGGAGCUGCGGGUGCAUUCUGGGUGAGCUCUUCACCAAGAAACCUAUUUUCCAAGCCAACCAAGAGCUGGCACAGUUAGAGCUAAUUAGUCGUAUCUGUGGCAGUCCCUGUCCUGCUGUGUGGCCUGACGUCAUCAAACUGCCAUACUUCAACACCAUGAAACCAAAGAAACAGUACAGACGCAGGCUCCGCGAAGAGUUUGCUUUUAUUCCUCCGACGGCCCUGGACCUGUUUGAUCACAUGCUGGCUCUGGACCCCAGUAAGCGCUGUACUGCAGAACAGGCUCUCAGCAGCGACUUCCUCAGAGACGUGGACCCGGCUAAGAUGCCCCCACCAGAUCUCCCUCUGUGGCAGGAUUGUCACGAGCUGUGGAGUAAAAAACGGCGGCGGCAGAAGCAGAUGCCGGAAGAGCUAACCGCUCCGAAAGCUCCACGGAAAGAGCUGGGAUUGGACGACAGCCGCAGUAACACGCCUCAGGGUUUCCCUUCUGCUGGAGGACACAAAGGGCCCGGUGCCACCGCCGCUGCCAUGCUGGACCCCAAAGGUCCUAACGCUCAGCUGACCCAGGAGCAGCUGGCUGUGCUUCUGAACUUGCUCCAGUCUAAAAGCACCCCAGCGGGUUCGGCGCAGCUCUCCCAGGCCAUGGGCUUUAAGAUAAACUCUGAAACACUGCAGCACCUUGCUAAGGCGCUUCUCCCAGGAGCAGCAGAGCCCGAGAGGCCACCGGAGCCCCUUGCCGCUUCCCAAUCCCAGCCCAAGGCGCCUAAACCCCCACAACCUAUCGCAGCAGUGAGCGGGGCCCCCAGAACUCCACCCCUGCCCAAGCCUCCAUCACCCCCUACUCCGCAGCAGCAGGGCAAACUCGACGGAGAUGUCUCUGCCACAGCUACGCAAACAGCCGUCACUAUGCUGCUCGCUCAGUUUCUCAAGGUCCAGCAGAGCGCAGAAGCGCUCGGGACGGAGGGAGCGGAUGCAGCCGUAUCUACAGCGGCAGGGGCGACUGCCGCACCUCUUCUGCCGACAGAAAUAAAACCGCCACCAGAGCCGAGCCCCGUUUCACCAGCGACCGAGGGGAGCGGAUCAUCCUCCAGAGCUCCCGAGCCGCUCUCCAUCCUGCCUCCUGAUCAGAGGCCCCCAGAACCCCCAGAACCCCCUCCAUGUGCAGACCUAGACUACCGGCAGGCCCCUGAGAGCCAGCCUCUCCUCUCCUCUUCCUGUUCCACCUCUGCAGGACUAGGAGAAGCAGCACGGCCACCCGAGCCUGAUUAUCCUCCUCCUCCUCCUCCUCCAGCAAGAAGCCACUUGCCCCCUCCACCCUUUCCCCCUACAGGCUUCGGAGAAAGCUACCUCAGCCACAUGAUGGGAGGAGGAAUACCCCCUCAUGCACAUGCUCAUAACACAUCCUCUGCCCCAGUGCCCUUCCCUCACGGAGCAGCACCAGGUGGCAGUGCUAGUGGAGUUUCUGUAGGAGCCAGUGGCAGCAUGGUGUUUAGCGGAGACAAGGACCAUCGCUUUGAGUACAAUCACAGUCCCAUACCUGUGGAGGGAACCUCCCACCCCUCUAGCAUCCAUCUCUACAACCCUGCUAUAGGCCAGAAGGACGCAGGAGCACCGCCUCCAUCUAUUCCACCUCCUCCACCAGGACAAGUGUGGGGUUCCCCAUCCCAGUCCGGGGCUCCACCCCUUCCUCUUGGGUACGUUCCCCAUUUGAACACUGCAGCACUAAGGGGGAGGGGACUCCCAUAUUGAUUGGCUCCCAAAAACAAGAGGGAUAACACGGUGACACUCGCACCUCAGAAAAGGACGACUGUAAAAGACGGAAGCAGUUGCCAUCGAUCAAGCCAGCACUGAGUGCACUAUAAAGGCACACUUAAUUUGUAAUAAUUCUAAUUAUGGUUGCAGGCAGACAUUUCAGUAGAGUAUUGUGGCUUGAGCUACAACUAGAGGGGUGUGAGACGAGAGGGAUUACUUUCCUCCUCACCCUUUAUUUUCUAUUAGUUGCCCCUUUCUAUGAUUUGGUAAUCUUAUCAAACUGCUGUCUUUUAAAUAAAAUUUGACCUUUUUGGAGUGUGCAUUUACCAGCCUGGGUAAGUGUUUUUAUUAUCUGUACCUUCAUGGCGCCUUUAAUUGCAUAAGGACAGACUAGUAUUACAAUGUUUUGCACUACUGAGUUAAGUAGGUGGAAACAACUAAGAUACGGAAUGAUUUUGAUGUGCUGUAUCUGCACAAGAUGAAAAGACCAGUAAUGUGGGUUUGUUUGUUUUUUCCUCCCCCCCUUAAUGACUUAACAUUGGUGGGUUCGGUCCAUUUUUCACUGGACGAGCUUUUUAAAAAAGCAUUUCGCUCCAGUGAGAUUUGCAGCACUUGGGCGACUAGGCUCCUUUAAAUUGGUUUGUCUACUGAACAACUGAAUGAAACAAAGCUGUAUUUUCUCACCAGUUCCACCAGCCAUUGUCUACAGCCAUUGUAAAAUGGAACAGAGAGACCAGUUUAAUCCGAUUUCAAAAAGGAGAGGAGCGGCAAUGUCUUUUUUUUACUAAAAAAUGUUUUUGUUCUUUUGGCAAAUGUUUAUUAAAGAAAUGCCAACAAUGUA